GCGCGCUACGUCUGAAGAAGCCGCAGAAGAAACUUUGACCACUUCAGUUGUUAGCCUAGCAGUGGAGACACAGAUCUCCUUUAUUGUUUACAAGUCCCACGUUUGUCUGACUAGCCCUUUUUAAAAGAUGUGGUUUAUUUAUUUACUCAGCUGGUUGUCGCUGGUGGUGCAGAUAUGUUUCGUUACUCUCGCUAUCGCUGCAGGCCUGUAUUAUCUGGCAGAGUUAAUAGAGGAGUACACAGUCUCCACCAGCCGCAUUAUAAAAUACAUGAUUAUGUUCUCCACAGCGGUGCUGGUGGGACUCUAUCUGUUCGAGGGCUUCCCCACGCUCAUGAUCGGAGUGGGUCUCUUCACCAACCUGGUUUACUUCGGUCUGCUGCAGACGUUUCCUUACAUCAUGCUGACCUCACCAAACUUCAUCCUGUCAUGUGCACUGGUUGUGUUAAACCACUAUAUGGCCUUCCAGUAUUUUGCUGCAGAGUACUAUCCUUUCUCUGAGGUUCUAGCGUACUUCACUAUAUGUCUGUGGGUGAUUCCGUUCUCGUUCUUUGUUUCGCUCUCUGCUGGGGAGAAUGUUCUUCCAUCCACUGUGCAGCAGGGAGAUGAUGUGGUGUCAAACUACUUCACUAAAGGCAAGCGGGGCAAGCGCUCGGGCAUCCUGCUCAUCUUCUCCUUCCUGAAGGAGGCCGUUUUACCGAGCCGACAGAAGAUGUACUGAUGCAGCGGUUCAGAUGCACCUCAAACGGAGGGCUUUGGGAGGGUUUGUUCAAGCCACCGGCCUCUUUCAGUGGACAGUGUGUUUUUGUGGGAGGAACGAUAAUAAUGAGAGGGAGAGGACCAGAUCAGAACAAACACACACACACAAACUAAACCCUCGAAUGAACUCACCGUCUGUUGAUUCGUGUUCAGAGUCGCCGACUAAUUUCUUCUUAGGCGUCUAAAGCCAUGAAAGGACUUGAAGUCUUUCCUUCGUGAAGGCUUGAUCUUUUGACGUGUCUGUACUUGAAUGAUUGUGGAAGGGGCUUCGGCUUCUCUUGAGGCUCCUGAUGAUUUUCUUCUGAUUGCAUCACUUCCAAAAUCAAUAGUUGUGUUCAUGUGCUCAUUAAUCAAUCCAUGUGUCUGAAUUAUCUGUUCACAUUUUAAAGUAAUGUUUUACCUUAAAUCCAAUGUUGAGAUCGCUCACCCUUCAUCACAUCUUACACUACGUAUUUAAGUAUUUGUUUAAGGUUAGACUUUUAUAAUGACCUGAUGUUGAGGCAGUUUCAGUAAAGAUUGUGUUGAUUUAUAAAUGCAUUUUAUACCAGCCGCUGGUGUGACAAGCAAAGAAAAGCUAUUUUUGGGUAAAAUGUUUCUUUAAAUACUGCAAUCAUGAGAGCCGUAGUGUUGGCAGUGCUUAAUUUGUGUGCUGUACAGAAAUAUAAUAAAAUUCAGUUGUAUGAGUUUUUGAAAGGUAA